AUGCAUAUGCUCAAAUCCACUGCAUCUUCCUCGCUGUCCCUGGCGGAAGGCCAUUACAUCUAUGCGAUUACUCCCGCAUCCCCGGAGUCGUUCGCAGUGAUAUCAUCGGAUGAUUCGCUUCGCGUAUUUGACGCUAACAGGCUCGACCAUGCGACCGUCAUCGCGGCGAGUGCUCAUGAGGGCGUCACGUCUCUAAAGACAUAUGAUGCUAACCAGCAGGUGCUGGCCACGGCAGGAAGAGACAACAAGGUAAAGCUGUGGGAUCUGCGCAGCGGCAAGAAGGGUGCUGUUGUGGAGUUGGAGACAUCCCCCAUAUUAUCUGUCGCCUGCUGCCCCGAAGUCCACGGAGUCGCAGCCGGAACAGAGCUCGUUUCAUACCAAGCCAUCGUCGCCUUCUGGGACACAAGAUCCCCCGGCCAAACAAGCCUGCAAUACGUGGAGAGCCACAACGACGACGUAACAGAGCUCCAAUACCACCCCACCAAUCCGACCCUCUUCCUCUCCGGCAGCACAGACGGUCUAGUAAACAUCUACAACACAACCAUCACCGACGAAGACGAGGCCUUGGUUCAAGUAAUCAACCACGGCUCCGUGCACCACGCCGGAUUCCUCAGCAACAACACCAUCUACGCACUCAGCCAUGACGAGGUAUUCUCCGUGCACCCGGCGACUGACCCCGAUGAUGCGGCCCAGGAGCCAAGUCCCAUUCAGUUCGGGGAUUUGAGGCAGCCGCUGGGGUGUGAGUAUAUUGCGCAGGUGUGUGUGGGAAGUCAGGGGGCGUAUGUUGCUGGGGGAAACAAGGAGGAGAACCGUCUUGAUCUUAUUCCGCUUGUUUCGGAGCCCUCGUGGAGAUUCGAUCAGGAGAAUCUGUGGAGGUUGCCUGGGGCGCAUGGCGAGGAGGUGGUAAGGUCGGUGUAUCUUGAUGAGAAGUCGCACUCUGUGUUUACGUGCGGAGAGGAUGGGGUUGUUCGUGCGUGGAAGCCUGAGGGUGAGGGGCAGGGAGGUGCUCAGGCGGAAGAGGCUGCGAAGGGAUCCCGUAAGGAGAAAAAGAAUAGGGAGAAGGGGAGGUUUAAGCCGUACUAG